AGAUGAGUGUUAAACAUUCAGUCUGGAAUCGUGCUUGGCAGGAAGUUGAAAAAAAAAUUAAUAAAUAGAAUGCUCACAAUGAAAAGAAUUUUUGUUCUCGGCUUGGCCUUGACAAUUGUUUCGGCUACCAUUCCUGGCGGGGUAACUGAGCUCUCUGGCGCUGAUCUGAAGGAAGCCGAAGACACCCUAAACAAUUCUCUGUCCAAAUUGGCAAGCGGCGAUGGACCCAACUAUAAAUUGAGCAAAAUCAUCAAGGUAACGCGCCAAGUUGUUGCGGGCUACAGAUACGUCUACGAUGUGGAGCUGAUUGAGGGCAGCAAGACGAAGGUGUGCAAUGUGGUGAUCUGGUCCCAGCCCUGGCUCGAGAACGGAAUCGAAGUGACCUUUAACUGCCCUGACGGCCAAGUUGUCAGGAAGCACAGUGCCUAAGCUGCUUGGCUCUAUCUCUGUACGUGAGCCAUAAUCAAUUUGAUCAUAUAUCAGCUUUGCAAUAAAUACAGAGUAAAAGUAGAGUCUUCUGCUAAAGGGAA